CCCGAACGCCGGGAAAACACGAGCCGUUUUCCGCCGCGCGCCGAACUUUCGGACGACUAUCCGAGCGCGCCUCAGUCGAAAGUUCAAAUUUCGAAACGCGAUAGUAUUCUAUUCGAAUUUUGAAAAUUAAUUUUAUAUAAUUUAUUUUCAAAUUUGGUAUCUGUGUAGUGUCAGAUUAUUUUGAAAACACUAGUGGGAUGUUGAUGUGAAAUACUUUCUCUUGAAUGUGUUUGUAAAAGUUCUUUUUAGUGUCCAAUUUGAGCGUAGCCAAAGUCCAUCGAUCAAACUCCGCUACGAGAGGACAAUUGUACUGGAGCGCAAACGUCCGAAGCACUUAACAUGUCCAUCUAGACUAUUCACCGCUCGUCUAAAGAAUGAUAGCUUUCGAGUGAACUUGAGAAAAAAGGCGAAGACAAUCUGUUACCGAUGAACGACCUAAAUUACAACGCCGGGAUGAGUUCCUAUCAAUUCGUCAACUCACUGGCGUCUUGCUAUGGAAACCAGGCGCCCGGGCGCACGGGGACGCCCGUCGAACAAGGCGGACAUCCGGGUUUGCCCACUCCGGGGGCCGACUACUACAACCCGAACGCGGCGGCGACGGCGUAUCCGAAUACGUGUUAUUCACCACCGCAGGUCGGUCACCAUUACCCGCAACAUCCUUAUGCAACACCAGCGACGGGCGCUCACAUGCAGCCGCAAACGAUGAUCGACUACACUCAGCUUCACCCGCAAAGACUCGGAGGUACCCCGAGUCAUAUGCACCAGCACUCGAACCCCAGCCCUGGCGCUCUCUCGCCCAACCUGAUGUCAACGACGCCUAGCCAGGCGGCAAACGCGAGUUGCAAAUUCGCUGAUUCAACCUCUACUACCGGCGUAGCCUCUCCUCAAGAUCUGUCCACGUCGUCCGGACCGGGUAGAACCUCCCCUGGCUUCGGACCGGUCGGUCAGAACGCCGCCGGCAACACCAGCGCCAAGCUCGGCCUGACAACCCCGAUUGCGUCGCCGGUGGAGCACAAGGCCAACGUGAACCAGAACAUUUCCAGUCCGGCGUCCAGUACGUCGAGCAAUGAAAGCAACGAAGCGAAUAACUCCAGCUCGAACAACACAAAGAACUCCAAGGCGUCGAACUCGCAAGCGAAUCCUCCGCAGAUUUACCCGUGGAUGAAAAGAGUGCAUCUUGGACAAAGUACAGUGAAUGCAAACGGGGAAACAAAACGUCAGAGGACAUCGUACACACGGUACCAGACGCUCGAGCUGGAGAAGGAGUUCCACUUCAACCGGUACCUGACACGGAGGAGAAGGAUCGAGAUCGCGCACGCAUUGUGCCUCACCGAGCGCCAGAUUAAGAUCUGGUUCCAAAACCGCCGCAUGAAGUGGAAGAAAGAGCAUAAGAUGGCAUCGAUGAAUAUCGUCCCGUACCAUAUGAAUCCAUAUGGCCAUCCGUACCAGUUCGACCUUCACCCGAGUCAAUUUGCGCAUCUCUCCGCAUAGGAUCAGUGGAAUUUUUCGAAUAGUGGAUAACUGAUUUACUAAACUCACAGUCGAUCGUCUAGAAGACGAGGUUGCUUGUACCAUCUCUAAUCCAAGUUAGAUUUUUGAUGUUAUAGCAACCAGACUGGAUCAGUUAUUCGCUGUUCGAAAAAUUUCAUAAUGUGCUAAACAAAAAUUGUUGAAAUAAUUGUGACACUACCAGUGACAGUUAAAGACUUGUGUUUGUGCAAAGUGAAGAACAAGAAGAAAUUGUGUGUUUGAAUAAAAUCCUAAUUUAAGACCAAACAUGUAACAUAAUUUAAUAUUAAUUCAAUGCAUAGAGUCUAUUAGGUGUUCGAGACAGUCAUCAGAAAGGUGUUUCGAACGAAGGAUAUCUUCGAUCACUACCAUUAUUGUUUCGACGUUUAUAAAAACGUUUAAACAAUGACAAAUAUUGUUGUAGAAAGAAUUUUACCUAGUCAUAAGCCGUAAUUUGAUCUGCAUACUAUUCCUAAUAGUGUAAAAUAAUUUAAAGUUUAAUCAUGUAAAUUGUGAUGGCUAGUUAGACUUUAAGGUAGAUAUCGUUUAUUUUAUGAAGCGCUGCGCGUAACCGAUAAUGUUUAAUCUGAAUUUGGUAAUGCGUUAGCCGUCACCACAUACAACAAAUUCGGAAAUGUACAGGGAUUUAGUAAAAAUUGUCGAUUACGAAAAACAUUCGAAUCGUAUGACAAAUCAGUUAAUUUGAUUUAAGAACAGCCAGUGAUCUAUCACGAUAAUAAAACUGAAUGUUUGGUAAGACGCUGUGAAACCAUUUGAAAAUAUAAGCUCAGUUAAAUGAAAAGAAAUAAUGUG